AUGAUUUUUACUUCGCAAAGAGUCCUUUGGAAAUUGUUUCCGCGACUUGCACAAGAUAAAGUGAGGUGGAUGCGGCUUUACUGCAUGGCGACGUUCGGGCUAGGCGCCGCAGCCUGCACCUGGGCCGGCCAGCAAGACUACAGCUCCAAGCCCAGCCGCACCACUUUCUUUUACCGCCAGCACUUAAAAGCUCUUCACAAAAACAAAAAAAUCACCGACGAAAAAUACGCGCGGCUGCUCACCGGCGUCGACCUCUGA